UUGUGAAUCACACCAAAUAGUGUCUAGUGGUAAAGACAAGUUCGUUUAUAAAUAUUAUUUUGAAGUGAUCUGAAAUUGAAUAUUUUUAAAUUUAAGUGUUGGUUGAAUUUGACAGUAAUUUUAGUGACAUGUCGACUGAAGCAGCAAAUAUGUCGGAAGACAUAGAUCGCGUGGCAGAGAUGUUCAAAGGGAAAUGCAUCUUUGUUUCAGGCGGAACUGGUUUUAUGGGAAAGGUUCUGGUCGAAAAAAUUUUAAGAUCAUGUACCGGAGUGAAAACGAUGUACUUGCUGGUGAGGCCAAAGAAAGGAAAAGAUCCCAAACAAAGAUUAGAAGAAAUUUUCUCUUCUGCGUUAUUCGAAACAGUAAAAAAUCAACGGGGAUUAGCAGAAUUGAUGUCCCAUUGCAAAAUUGUAAGCGGAGACGUAACACAGAUCAAUUUGGGAAUAUCUGAAGAUGACAGGAAAGAAAUUAUUGAAAACGUCGAUAUUAUUUAUCACAUGGCUGCUACUAUCAGGUAUGUGAAUAUUAAAGAAUCAAAUAUGGUGAAUGAAGGACAUCAAAAGCUUUGA